CCAUGCAAACCGUACAACACAUUGAAAGAUCGAGGUUUACCGAUGCCCCCGAAUGACAUGGUCUUGUUCAAUCGGUCCUGUUUGUACGUGGACGAUAAACUGAUUAUUUGCUAUUUGUGGGAGCUGUCAGAUCAGUCGAGCAAAUAUGCUAUGAAGUGUGUUUACGGUCUGGACAAACCAAAUUUAUCCUUCACAUUUCUCGGACCCAUGGUAUCUCAGGUUAUCUCGUAUCAACCUGAGGAUAAAGUAUACUUUGGAAUCGGGCCGGAACGACUGAGCAUUGUUAUGUCGAAAGAUCUUGAGCGGUCCUGGAUUGGCAUCAAUCUUAACGGAUACCAAAUCCAUGGCCUUGACAAGGGUGUCCGAAAAGCGCAAUAA